UAGGAGGUGGGGCAGAAAAAGGGAGGGGCUCUUGGUCGGAAACAUGAGUUCUGUGACUUUAUGAAUGGGGGAUAGUCCCCAUUGAGUAUAAAUGGAGACCAGCAAAGUGAAGGACAGUACCAGCAAGUCUUGCUCCUGCAGAACAGAGCUACCAGCCAGACCCCAGGAGAAAAGCCUUACCAUGCCUACAUUGAUGCUGCUCUUCUACUUCCUUUUCCUGACUGGCCCCAGCCCCAGUUCUGCCUCAGAGGACAACUGUACCAGCUUCUCCACCACAUUGCCCAUCUUACUCCGAGAACUUCGAACAGGCUUCGAGGAAGUGAAGGGUUACUUUCAAAGCAAAGACGAAUUGAUUUCUGUGAGAUUGUUAGAUGAGCCUUUGCUGGAAGACUUCAAGAGUUACCUGGGCUGCCAGGCCUUGUCAGACAUGAUUACGUUUUACCUGGAAGAUGUGAUACCUCGGGCAGAGAAUGAAACGGAGAUCAAGAACAGCGUGGUCUCCUUAAAAGACAAGCUGAUGGGGCUGAGAAGGACACUCAAACAAUGUCACAGAUUCCUGCCUUGUGAAGUCAAAAGUACUGCUGUCCAGAAAAUCAAGAGCACCUAUGAGCAACUCAAUGGUAAUGGAGUUCUCAAAGCAAUGGGGGAGUUUAAUAUAUUCAUCAACUACAUGGAGACAUUUCUGAUAAAGCAAUUCAAAAGUUGA